GAAUGUGUAUGGCUGAGUCAUGGUGAGUGUGUGAGAGUGAGGAGUGAGAGCGUGUGAGUGAGUGAGGGGUGAGAGUGCGCGUGUGCUGUGAGUGGUGGUGAGAGCAGGAGGCAGUGUUGGCUCAGGUGGUGCUCCAGGGGUCGUCACCAUGACUGACCUCCUCCUCAAGAAGGUCGUCCUCAGCACGGGCAACAUCCUCCAGAUGGACCACCUCAUCCGCAAGGCCGGCCAGUCCACCAGUGAUGAGCUACGAGGGAGUAUAAAAACUACAUUAAAUAGCUGGGAAGGCAGUAAAGCAGAUAUUCAGGAUGGUGGAGUCCUCACCAUCCAAAGAAGUUCAGACAGUUUACUUUCGAGAGAAAGCACUGACCUGAAGACAACCGUUAAACUUUUCCUCAGUGAUACCGAUUCUUCACAGGUUGAAGAUGCCAUCAAAACUGUAUCAAAAGUCCUGGAUUUGCCGUGCAUCGACUUGGUUAUUGUAACACCUCCAGAUGUUAGUGAUGAUGCAACACUGGAGAGCUUGGCACCAAUGUGGCAAGCUCUAGAAGACUCGGUUACAAAUGGUGCUGUGACGGCUAUUGGCUUAGCGGAUGUCUCCACGAGCCUCUUUACUGAGCUGUAUGAGUGGGCUAAGAUAAAACCAAGUACAAUGCAAGUGAACCUCUCCUCCUGUUGCAUUGUACCUCAAGAGUUGUCUACAUUUGCUCAGCAGCAUGAUAUUCAGGUGCUGACUCACAAUGACCCUGCUGAAAUUGUGGAUGAAGACACUGUGUCAACUAUCACAAGCCGCCUUGGUUUAUCAGGAACCCAGUGUCAGAUACAAUGGAUUGCACGACACCGAUCCAUCCAGCAGUGUUUUGGCUUAGUUCAAGACAAGGGCUAUAUGCUUGCUUUGGCAUGCAAUGGCUAGAUAAUGUGAAGGACUUACCGGUGCCAGUUGUCUGAAGGUUCCAGUGUGUUGUCAUCUUGUUAGUGAGGUUGUUAUUGAGUUUCAAAAGUUUACAAUUACAGUACAGUACAUUUUUGUAAAAGUUAUUAUAAAUAAUGUACUCUUAACUUGAGCUGCUUCUGUUACUGUGAAGUACUGUAUACUCAUUCUAGGUAAUAUAUCUUAGAAUUUGAAUACACCAAUGCACUUUAAUGACAUUUAUUGCUUAUUGUUUAGAUGCACUUCUUAAAAUAUGUGUCAAGUGUCUGGUCCUAAAUUGAGCCAAAAAACUGUGCUAUGAGUUAAGGGUGCUCUAUAUGGCAUUAGUGCACUCUAAUGCCCAUAUUGAAAAUAUGGGCCUUACAGUCUAUUUUAUAAAGUGUAAUUUGAAGUUGCUACACAACUAUUACAUGUGAAUGGUAACUGUAAUAUUUAUAUGGCACACUAAGCUCUAACAAAAGUUUUAAAAUAGUUAGGAAUGAUUUAAUGUUUUUGUACAUCAGAGCUCAUGAUGAAUAGAAUCUUGUCCCAGUCCUUAAAUUAAUUACGAUUGUAUAUUUUCUCUCCUAGUCAUUUUGUAAAAAGUAAUUGGAAAUGAUGAACUUUUAUCUUGUUCAGUAGCCUGUUUUCUGGGAUUAGCAUUACUUGGCAGGCAUGAGCACAUUUUCUGAUUAUGGUCUUGAAAUUGCAAUGAUUGUAAUGAAUAAGUUUAUUAACAUAAAAUGAAAUAUCAUUCUGGCUAUGUGAUCUUUUUUUUAUCUAUGAUAGAAUGAGAUACUUAACAAGGGGUGAGGAGACUCGACUCUUGCUGAAUGUUGAUGGUUAAAGAUUCUAGCUACGGCUACAGGAAUGAAUGUGUACAAAUACCUGAUGCAUAAUGACACCAGCUUUUAGGAAUACAAGGAUGAAGUUACUUAAAUGCUAAGAGAUAUUGCCUUUUUAUGACACUGUGUUGAUCUUAGAAUUUUGCAUUCGAGUAAAAAUGGCCCAUUAUGAUGAGGAUUCAUUCCAGUAGAUAUGUUAUAUAGAAUACGAAUGUAUCUGCAAUUUAAUCAAUCUUGUUGAAUCAAUGAUUGUCAAAUUGAAUGGCUGUGAUUUUAUUGUAUUGAAUAAUAUGUGUAUGAAUUAUACAUUAUUGUCACAAU